UUCACAAAACUCACUCACUCUCUCUCUCUCUCUCUCUCUCUCUCUCUCUCUCUCUAGAAAACGACCAAAAGGACAAUCUUGUAGGCACAUUGAACACAAGAAAGAAAGCACUACAUCGCAAAGGCCAAAGAGCCCCCUUUGCUUCUCCCCCCCCCCAUUUUUUCAAUUAACCAAAAAAAAAAAAAAAACACAGAGAAAUCCGGAAAGUUCGAGUCUUCUUCUGAGAGAAACUCAAAUCCCAGCAAAUAAAAUUGGAUUUUAGGGUAAAAAAAGGAAAAUAAAAAUUGGGAUUCGAUGGCGGAGAUUCAACCGCAGCCGGUGAGUCAGAUCAACGGCGGAGGGCAGUUCUUGACGGGUUCAUCCGAGACGGUAGGAUCGAAGCGACAGCGGAGGCCCAGCGUCCGAUUGGGCGACAUCGGAGGAGACCAGCCGUACGAUUCGCAGGUGCGCCGCGCCACCAAGCAGUGGAAGUUCCCGCCGGACCACCGCAAAGACGCCAACAAGUCCUCAAAGAUUCGACCUUUAACGAAUUUGAGCUCAGUUGGGGAGUUCCAUGAAACCCUAGACGGCGAAGACAGAGAGGGCAAUCUUGAUAGUGUUGCCAUUGGGAGCUGGAAGGUCAAGGACGCCACGAAACGGGCUUCGAACGUCACCAAACGGGUCAGAUCCAAUUGGGUAUCUUCCAAGAUUGACGAAGGUGGCGGCGGCGGUGAAGGGGACGAGAAAUUCAGUGGAGCAGAGGACGUUGAUGAAGGGUAUCAUCGGGAUUUCGAAGUCGAAAACUCGGAAAGUCCGUUGAAAGAGCAGAGCCCAAUUCAUAGUUCAGAGAAUUUGGGCGUGGAUGGGCGUGCCAAUGGAAGGGAGCUGCUUUACCAUGGAAGUAGAAUACCCAUUAGGACUAGGAUUUCGGAGGGUAGGGACAACCAUGAUGGUAUUGAGCUAUCCGGGCCGUCGGAUACCGAUGCCAGGGAUUGGAAUUGCAGAGGAACAAGUGGGGAAUAGAAGAAUGAAUUGGAAGGAAGAUGUGGGGAAGAUGGGGUUAGGGUUUGGCUCAAUGGGUUAGGGUUAGGGCGGUAUGCGCCGGUGUUUGAAAUUCAUGAGGUGGAUGAUGAGGUAUUGCCCAUGUUAACAUUGGAGGACCUCAAGGAUAUGGGGAUAAAUGCAGUUAGGGU